AAAUAAGCAAUGUUUUAAUGAUAAAAAAAAAUAAAUUUUAAAAAGAAGUAGCGAUGCAAACUCACAUUUCAAUAUUGUGUAUCUGUUUAAUGAGUGGAUUUAUACCAUCGAAAACUAGUCAAGUGAAUGGUAAUGAAAAUGGUACAAAUGACAUCGACACAUCCCUCGGAAAUUUCCACUUCAGUGCUGAUAACUUUCUAGAGAAGUUUGGAUAUAUGGAAAUGCCAACAUCAGAAGGAAACAUUUCUCACAUUGCUGAAAGUAGAGAGAGAGCUGUAAGGUUAUUUCAAGAAUAUUACGGUUUGGCAGUUUCUGGAAUUAUGGAUAAGAAUACUAUUGUCCAAAUGAAACGACCUCGUUGUGGAGUUCCAGAUAUGGGCAAAGGACCAAAUGGACCUGCACCAUUUACAGCCCAAGGCAAAUAUAUCCAGCACUUAUUGUCCACUGUAGGUUAUAAGUGGAAUAAAAACAUCAUUUCUUGGAAAACUACGAGAUAUUCUAGAAAGCUUCCGUCCUCAACACAAAGAUUUGCCUUUGAGAAUUCAUUUAAGAAAUGGUCGGAUGUGACGCCAUUACAAUUUGAGUAUACAAACGGAGAUCCAGAUAUAGAAAUAUACUUUGCAAGAGGUAACCAUGGUGACGGUGUUGGAAAUAGUUUUGAUGGUCCUGGGAGAGUCUUAGCACAUGCAUACUAUCCAACGGAUGGUGGUACACAUUUCGACGAGGAUGAAAUGUGGGUAUUUAGGGGUAACGCCAAUGACGGUAUAGAUCUGGAGGUAGUCGCUGCUCAUGAAUUCGGUCAUGCCUUAGGUCUUGGGCAUUCUAAUAAUCCAGAUUCCUUGAUGUACCCAGCCUAUAGGUUUCAGAGUCAGGGAUGGAAACUUCACUAUGACGAUAUUGUAGGAAUACAGUCGUUAUACGGUUCACCCUCAGAAACGUCGACGCCAUCAAUGACAGUUCCAUCAGUGAGGCAAACGCCCCGGCGGAGACCUACAACACAAAGUAUGACAACAAACCGAUCAGUCACAAGAAGGACAACACAAAUAAUCUCUAAUUUCCCUGACACCACUACCAAACCCAAUUUACCUGGUGGAAAUUGUAAUCUUACGUUUGAUGCGAUUACGUUAGGUCUGGAUGGUAAUACUUAUGCCUUUAGAAACAUGGAAGUUUAUAAACUAGGCAAUGCUGGAAUGGCGCAAAGAUAUCCUAAGAAAUCGUAUGAUGUAUUUCCUAAAGCACCACAAAAUCCUUCAGCUGCUUUUCAUGCUCUGAAUCAUGUCUACAUAAUUAAAGGAAGACGUCUAUGGAGGUAUACUAAUUUCAAGUUGGAUGAUCAAUACCCAAAAGAAAUGAGAAACAUGCCUUCACGUCAACGUAUUAACUUUGCAUUCACAUAUAAAAACCACUGGAGAGACGAACAGAUUUACCUUUUUGGUGAUACAUAUUUCUGGGAAUUCAAUAAAUAUAUGGAUGAUGUGUUGCCAAGAUAUAAGUUGCCAAUUUCAUCUUAUUGGAUAGGUGUACCCAAUUCACCUGAUGCUGGGAUUCAAUGGACCGACAAUUAUAUUUAUUUAUUUAAAGGAUCAAAGUAUAUUAAAAUGGAUCCAAGAAAACGACGGGUUAUUGCAGGCUAUCCAAAAGACAUAGCACCGUCCUGGAUCAGAGGAGUUUGUAACUCAGUUCCAAAGUAACCAUUCAAAAAUGAUAUCAUACCAUGAUAUGUCAUCAUUAACGAUUGCAUAGGGACUUUAUGCCGAGUGACUUAACUAUUUAUUUGUCUGUAUAUGUAUAAAGCUCUUUUUUUUCCUUUUUUCAUUUCGUUUAUUCCUUUUAUUGUGUGAUAUGUAAUUAAUGUUAUAAAUUCAUUAUAUCUUAAUUAUGAGGAAAUAAAGACACGCAUGAA